UAAGAAUCCAUAACUUGCUUAGAUGGCGUUUAGUAAGCUAUAGCAAAUACGAAUAUCACACAAAAUGGAUUAAAUGUUCCUUGUUGUUCUAACAGAAAUAAAUGCUAACAUGGACAUAUGAUAUGAUAACAUGAAAUCUGUUUGACAAAGGUUGAAUCAUGGUUUGGUGUUCAUAACAACCAGACAUGAUAUUCUGAUGAAACUCGUAUAUUUCUAUUCCCCAGGUGGGAUUAAGUGAUACAAUCCCCCCCAAAAAAUAUUUCUUAACAUUUACAGCCACAAAAGUCAUGUUGUGAUCCAUCUGUUUCCAAAGCAAUGGAGGACAAACGAGUGGCUGAUUAUUUUGUGGUGGCAGGCUUGCCGGACAAUCCUCAACCUCUGGAAGAAUUCACCCACGAUGGAAUUACUCCUCAAACUUCUCAUAAUCUGGCUCCUAUUACAGAUUUGACAGUUAUUAUCCAUAGUCAAGGAGAAACAGUGCCUCAAGGCUAUACUUGCAUUGAGAAAACUCCUUCAGGUUUUCCUGCAGAUCUUAACCAUGGUAGCUUACGAAGCCCCAGCAUUUACUUGUGUUAUUGCAGAGGGAGAGACAAACCUCCUUUGGUGGAUAUUGGAGUACUCUAUGAAACCAAAGAACGAGUGAUGGCAGACAGUCAAGUAGUCCACACAACUCCAUACGGUCGACCGGCUAAUGUAAACAAUAGUGGUUCCCGAACUUUUCUUACAUAUAGACGAGCAUCUCCUACUGCUCCCUGUAACCAGCUGGUUGUGACAGAUAUCUGUAUUAUACUGUCCAAUAAGGGAGAAACACCCCCUCAUGCUUUCUGUGUAAUCAACAAAACUUUGAACAAAGGAAUGGUUGGAUCUGAUGUCUACAUCUGUUAUAAGAAGUCAAUGAACAGACCAGAUCUUUUCUGUUUUAAACCAGCCAUUUUGGGCCGGUAUCCUUUAGAUAAUUAUGAAAAUUUCCAUUUGCCUGUCUCGGUGCCAUUAUUUUGCCUUCCCAUGGGAGCAACUAUAGAAUGUUGGCCUAAGGUUGCCCAACGGCCACAUCCCGUGUUUUCUACAUUUGUUCUUACAUCUGAUACUGCAGAAAAGGUGUAUGGGGCAGCGGUUACAUUCUACGAAAAAUACCCAGAGGAGAAACUAAGUUCCAUAUGCAAAUCUCAGUUGGGCUAUAUGACGGAAGAUGAUAGAAAUAAAAAAGGCUUGCAUGCAAAUAAAGCUAUUUGUAUUCUCUCCCGAUGGCCAUUCUUUGACACGUUUGAAAAGUUUCUACUAUUUCUACACCAAACAUCUAUCACAGGCCCCCACCGAGUACCCCUUGAAAGGUACAUUUCACACUUCAUGAUGGAUGUCCCUUUUCCCUCAGGCCAACGCCCACGGAUUCUUAUCCAGUUGGCUGAUAAGACUAUUUCUCUGGCUCAACCUGAAGAUAAUCCACUACUUCUAAGUGGAGCUUCUUUCAGGCAAUUGCUCAGAAACCUAGGUCCUGAUAAUUGUCUCAAUGUUUUCUUGCUUGCCUUGACUGAACAGAAGAUCUUGUUUCAUUCCUUACGCCCCGAUGUCCUUACGAGCGUUGCUGAAGCUGUUGUCACGCUCAUAUUUCCUUUUCAUUGGCAAUGUCCUUACAUCCCUUUGUGUCCAUUAGGACUAGCAGAUGUGUUAAGUGCACCUCUUCCAUUCAUUGUUGGGGUGGAUUCCCGUUAUUUUGACUUGCAUGAUCCUCCACAAGAGGUCGCCUGUGUGGACCUGGAUACAAAUAACAUAUUUUUGGCAGAGGAGAAAAAGGGACUGAACAGCAAAUUAUUACCAAAGCGUCCUGCCAGAGUUCUAAAGAACACUCUUCAAGUGCUGUCUGACAAGAUGAGGAAGAUGACUUGGGCAAACAAAGCUCAUAGUCUCCAGGAAGUCUCACAGACGAUGGCACCAAUGGACCACGACUUCAAGAUGAAGAAAAAAGAGCACCAGCUGGAGCUGGAAAUCCAAGAAGCAUUUCUUCGAUUUAUGGCAGCUAUUUUGAAAGGUUUCCGAUCCUACCUACUUCCGAUAACUCGAGCUCCAACUGUAAAAGCUACGGAUCCAAGCUCUCUCUUUGAUGGUCAAGGAUUUAUAAAGAGCAGGGACAAGGCCUAUCACAGGUUUUACAGUUUGUUGAUGAAGACACAGAUGUUUAUACGCUUUAUUGAAGAGCGAUCCUUUGUGUCAGACAAAGAUGUGAGUUUAGCUUUCUUUGAUGAAUGCACAGACAAAGUUGAUUUGUCCGGUGAACUUCCAGAUCAACAUCACCUUCUGGAGUCAGAUGAACAUCAAAAAAGUGACCGAACUGUGUUCAUAACUCCUCCUGAACCUGUUGGACUUCCAAAAGAUGCUGAAUUUACCUAUCAAGAAUUUGGAACCUUAAAUCCGAAACUAUUUCACAAGCACCCUGUUAAAUCUCUUCUAAGUGUUGGAAGUACAGUUAGUGUACAGCCGAGCAGUCCCAUGGCAAGAAGAACGAAGCAAGAGAUCCGUGCUGCUGACAGGGUUGCCAAAAAGCAGGCUGAAAAUCCAAUGUUGUGGGCCAAGUGAGUAUGUUUG